AUGCAAAAUUCUCAAAGAAAUAAAGGGACACUUAGAAAACGCCAACCAAAUGUUAGUAAUGAUUUAAGUAAUAAAACAAAUGAUAUUACAAUUAAUUCAUUUCAUCGAACAAAAACAGUUUUGGAGGAUUUUCUUACAAAUUUGGCCAAUUACUAUUUAUUUAUUGAUGUUACAAAGAAAGUAAUUGCUUAUCUCAUUUUGGUGUCGAUACUUUCUGUUAUAGCAGAGUUUGUCGAACUUCCUCGAGAUUUGUAUAUUAAACAUAAUGUAUUUAAUCGAUUUGGAACUAAAAUUGGCUGGUUUUGGACUUGUCUUUUGCUUUGUCCUUUUAUGUGGAUUACUUCUUUAAUUCACAAUGAAAGUUAUUUGAAAGCUUUUUAUAGCCAAAUACGUUUAUUAAUUGCAACAAUUGGGUGGUAUUUGUGGACAAAUGCAUUUAUUAAAUUUGAGGACCAAACAGGCGUUUGUCAAGGAUUAAAUAAUUCUUCAAAGAUUGAUUGUUACAAUGGUGGCGGAAAGUGGAUUCCAGGUUUCGACGUAAGCGGUCACACAUUUCUAUUACUUUAUAGUAUUUUAAUUGUAUCUGAAGAGUCUUUCUCCUUCAAAAAUUUGCCUUCAAAACCUCAUUCAUUUACGACAAAUUUGCCAACAAAUCAACAAAUUAAGCGUUUUGAGCAGAUCAGAAAAUUUGUUGAGCGAAAUUUUAUUGGCCUUUUUGUUCUACAUUUACUUUGGGACUUUCAAUUAAUUGUGACUGCUUUAUAUUAUCAUAAUUUUUUGCAAAAAUUGGUUGGUGCUGCAAUUGCUGUUGGUUGUUGGGCUGUUACAUAUCGUUUUUGGUUUGUUGUUGGAUUUCCAUUCCUUCCAAUGAGGAGAAAUGUUUGA